AUGGAAAAUUUAAUCACCGGUUCUUUCAUCACCACAAGCGACUUGAUGUGUCUCUGGCACAAAUUAGAUGUUGUCUCCUGUGGCAAGAAGACUGCUUUAGCUCAAAAAGCUAUUUUGUCUGGGUUCUUCAGGAAUGCUGCUAAAAAGGAUCCCCAGGAGGGAUAUCGCACACUUGUCGACCAACAAGUCGUCUACAUUCAUCCCUCAAGUGCACUUUUUAACCGUCAGCCUGAUUGGGUCGUUUACCACGAAUUGGUAAUGACUACUAAAGAGUACAUGCGGGAAGUUACCACUAUAGACCCCCGCUGGCUGGUUGAGUUUGCGCCGAAGUUCUUCAAGUUUGGUGAUCCAACUAAACUUUCUCGAGCCAAGAAGUCGAUGCGGAUUGAGCCGCUUUUCAACAAAUAUGAAGAGAAGGACUCUUGGCGCAUUUCUCGGGCCCCUAAGAAGUUUCACGUUAAAGUUACCUUUUAA